UGCACAAAGGGGAGGUGGAGUGAAUGUGGUUUGUAAUCUCACGAGAUCAAUCACAUUCGUGCAGUUAGGGCGCCAUGUCGAUAUUCGCUGUAGUGGUCCUCCUGGGACUCGCGUUUGGAGGUCAGGCGUCGAUCAUUAGAUCAGGCUGCGCGGUGAGCGUGAACAAGGGCCUGCCGUCGCCGCAGCCGCUGCUGCUUGUGCCAGGGGGAGCGAGGGGCGGGCUGGGCUUCAAGCUGCCCGCCGUGCCCGGGGACUCGGUGCACUUCGCGGCCGGGGAGCGCGUGGAGCUGGCCUGCCCGGGCGCCAACAACCACCUGCCGGCGGUGGGCAGCGGCGCAGCCGUGGUCACUGCCGCCUGCGUGUCCGGCUCCACCUUCCUCGUCAACGGCGUCAAGCACGAGUUCGACAAGCUCAGCUGCAGCGUCCUGCCGUCCCACACGGCGCGGCUUACGGGCAGGCGGUGCGCCAGCAACAGGUACGAGGAGAUCGAGAUAGGGUUCGUGGUCGCCGGCAUCUUCUACAACAUCCUGGAGGUGUGCUUCGACAAUACGCUCGGGAACGUGAUCUACACGCAGUUCGACAUGGCGAAGAACAUCGGCGGCGUGCAGCUGGGGUUCCCGCGGCCCAGCUGGCUCAGCGGCUCCUUCUACCCGGCCUUCAACCCCAACACCUUCUACACGCGCAACCGGCAGAUCGCCACGGUGGGGUCCAUCCUGGGCUCGGCGGAGCUCGGCUCCAAGUACGUCUCCAGCAGCAACGACUUCUUCCUGUCGCGCGGCCACCUGGCCGCCAAGACGGACUACGUGUACGGCUCCCAGCAGAUGGCGACCUUCUACUACGUGAACGCCGCGCCGCAGUGGCAGGUGUUCAAUGCCGGCAACUGGCUCACGCUCGAGAACAACGUGCGGCGCUACGCCAGCAGCAAGGCUGCCAACCUCGUGGUGUACACGGGCACGCACGGCGUCACCACGCUCCCGGAUGUCCACAACGUGCAUCGCGAGCUGUGGCUGUACGUGAACGGCACCCAUCGCGGCCUGCCCGUGCCCAAGCUGUUCUGGAAGGUCGUGUACAACCCGGCGACUCAUGCGGGCACCGUCUUCCUCGGCGUCAACAACCCGUACAUCGAGAAGCCCGGCAGUGACUACGUCAUCUGCCCCGACGUCAGCGGCCACAUCUCGUGGCUCACCUGGGACAAGACCAACAUCCGCAAGGGCUACUCCUACGCCUGCGAAGUGAGCGCCUUCCGCCGAACUGUCAACACCCUGCCGGCCUUCACCGUCACCAGCCUGCUGACUGUUAUCCCCGUUCACACUGCACGGUUGAACGGCAAGAGGUGUGCUAACAACAGAUACGUAGAGAUUGAGAUAGGCUUCAUUGUGAAUGGUGCAUUCUACAACAUACUGGAGGUGUGCUUCGAUCAAGAGCUCGGCAAUGUGAUCUACACGCAAUUCGACCUUGUGAAAAACAUCGGCGGUGUGCAAGUGGGAUUCCCACGGCCGAGCUGGUUACGAGGUACCUUCUACCCACGCUUCAACCCAAACACAUUCUACACAAGGAACCAGCAGUUAGCCACUAUAAGCGCCAUCUUGGGUUCAGAAGAGCUGGGUUCCAAAUAUGUAUCCAGCACCUCUAACUACUUCCUAGCUCGCGGCCAUCUCGCUGCCAAGACGGACUACGUGUACGGUUCACAGCACAGGGCUACUUUCUACUACGUGAACGCCGCGCCGCAGUGGCAGGUGUUCAAUGCCGGCAACUGGCUCACGCUCGAGAACAACGUGCGGCGCUACGCCAGCAGCAAGGCUGCCAACCUCGUGGUGUACACGGGCACGCACGGCGUCACCACGCUCCCGGAUGUCCACAACGUGCAUCGCGAGCUGUGGCUGUACGUGAACGGCACCCAGCGCGGCCUGCCCGUGCCCAAGCUGUUCUGGAAGGUCGUUUACAACCCGGCGACGCGCGCAGGUGCCGCCUUCCUCGGCGUCAACAACCCGUAUGUCGAGAAGCCCGGCAGCGACUACGUCAUCUGCCCCGACGUCAGCAAUCGGAUCUCGUGGCUCACCUGGGACAAGACAAAUAUUCUUAAGGGGUACUCGUAUGCUUGUGAAGUGAGCGCUUUCCGGCGUGUGGUCAACACGCUUCCAGCGCUCACAGUCUCCGGCCUGCUCACUUAGCGUUGUAUGGCCGCUAAUGUCUAGUGUUCAACACUGAGCUUUAUCUUCUAUAUAAGUGAAUAACAUUUUACAUUUGACUAGCAUUUUCAUUGGAUCGUGGAUCUUUAACGCGUCCUUAAAUAAAGGCAGACAAUAAGAACAUAGCAAUGCCUUGCACACUAGGACGAUUACAAACAUACAUGACUUAAAAAAAAAAGAAUAUUCUGCUAUUAAUUAGCACAACUUUAUCAUUUUAUGCACCUGUAUUGAGAGAAAAGUUGUGAUUAAGUAACUUUUUAAUUUUUAGAACAUUUGGUUGUUAGGUUGGGUUCAUAAUUAAAAUAUACACAAGCGAGUGCAUAGCAGGCAAUGCGCACGACUGUGCACAUGACUUGUGCGAAGUCGGUUCACAAGUAAAAUCUUACUGUUAAUUUUAGCCAAUGAAAUUUCGUGACAUAUCCUAUAUAUGUUGGCAGUUACUACACUCGCGUGCAACUAAAUCGACUCACGCCUCCAGUGCGCACAAAAAGGCGUAAUUUUUUAAAGUGGUUUUUCCGAUUUUUACAAAACAUCUUUUUGACAGCAUAAAUCUUUUACUUUACAAUGACUCCUUUAAUUAAAAUCUGUACAAUAUUUUCAAAUUAAUGUGAUCUGCAUGUAAGCAUAGCAACAUGAGCUCUGUCGGUAACCACGAGUUGCGCAUCGCAAUAAUCCCAAAGACCGAUAUUUCUUUUAAAAUUUUGAUUAUUUAAUUUUUUUAUAAAUUUUAAAAAUGUUUUCAUUAAAAUCGGAUAAUACAUAAAGAUUUUCAAGAUGGCGGACGAAACUCAAAAUGGCGGAAUUAUCUAGAAAACAAAAUGGCGGAUAAUAACAAAAUGUCCACCGGGGUCAAAGAUCAAGGUCAAAUCCAAGAUGGCCGCCAGAAGUGGUGUAAUCCAAGAUGGCCGCCGGAAGUGACGUAAUCCAAGAUGGCCGCCGCGGCUCCCCGGCUCCCCCACCCCCCACCGGUGCACCAGGACCUACCAAAUACACCUACUGAAUUGUUUAAGAACUUAGUCCUGAAACAUAAUCUUAAAAAGUUAUAAGCACGAACAGAAGCAUACAUUUAAAUUUCACGUGCAUGUCACUACUCCAAUGGCUGAGAGAAGACACUAUCACAGUGCAGUGACCAUCAUUUUCAGCUUUUCCUAGGAAAGCAAAGCGACGAGCAGGAUGCAGACAUGUUAGAGUUAGCCAUACACACUAAUAACAAGCAGCCUGGCGUACUGCAAAAUGUUUUGGUGAUUGUGGUAUUUGCUUGUUUGCUUUAGGCUUUUCGUGCAGUGUGCAUUAAUACUUUGCAGAAAAUAGUUUGUAAGCAAAAAAAUGCAUGGAACUGUGUUCUGGUACAUAGUAGCAGAGGAGUAAAGGCUGUGUUAAACAAAAAUUUCAAAUAAUUAAGAACACUGUUUUAAAAAUUGAAAAAGUACUCUACAGAUAUUAUGUAAAUCUCGCAUAUCAACAAGAUAAAUAAUUUUCUUACAGUUAAGAAGAAUCAGAAAAAUCAUUAUGUUUCCAAAAAAUUACAGAGGGUUUCGAUAAUUGUGUUACAAGAGUUAACAACACGGGAAAACAUGUUAAUCACCAAACAAUAGUCCAUGAAAAUUAUAAACACAAAUAUCCACAGUGACCAUGCUUAGAGCACACUCAGGCGAUUCAAGUUUUGCCAAUGCAAAGUAAUUCUAUAGCCUACGAAAAGUUAACUAGGGAAAUUUUAAGCUAUGAACACUCUUAACGUGAAAUAUACAUAUUCAAACUGUUCCAAAGGCAAGAAAAUGACUCGAUUACACAAAAUUAGAAAUUAUACUUCUAUAAAUAUAAUUAAACAUUUAUGUUAAAAACGUUUUCAAAAAUCAUACCCUAAUAAAUACAGGGGAUUACAGAAAAGCUAUACCGUACACAUGCAUCUAUCUCUCAGGGUGAAAAAUUAAAAGAUCAAAGUUCUAACAAGACUAGAACUAUAAUAAACGUGCUCUCGUGACAAUUAGAAGCAAACAUAAGGUGUAUGAAAAGAAUUAUUCCAACAGGCCAAUGCCCAUAAUACAAAAGCAUGAUUAGAGGAGAUCGCCACGCAACCAACUGAGGCUGGUCAUGGAAAACGACUAGAGAAUAAAUCCAUGAGGUCCGCGGGCACAAGCAACUAAAAUGCCUAACUAUAUUUGGAAGGUGGAGGGCCAGAACAUAAAUUUAGAAAAAAACAAAACGAAACGUGAUUAAUUAUACAUUAACAUUAUGUCUAUCUCAUACCAUUUCAAGAAACCACAAAUGACCAAACUACCAUAAUUCACCUCAGCAACAGCACCAGUAGCAGCAGCACCAGCACUCCAGCAGCACAACAAUUCUAGCACUCAAUGAAGUUGUGACGAUAACAAGAAGGUGGCCAGGGGAAACAAGCAUAUUGAAGCCCUAAGAAAACUCAGUUUCACAUGUGUGACAUCAGAGGCGGGGCAAGUAGGGAAUAAGUGGAAGAGUUGGACUAAGGAGUGGAUGGUGAAGAGGAGAAACACAAGGAGGUCAGUAAGGCACCUCCUAGGACACAUCUUACAAUCUUCACUGUUUCCAGUGCAACUUAGUUUAAUUUCCUGCCAGAGCUGUUAGUAUAUAUGCCACUAGCUGAAGGAGAUUAUCGUUUCUGCAUGACAUGCUGUGCGACACCAUCUUAACAAUACAUUUCAUGGACGACCGGUGGGAGGCAAUGGUAAUGUUAUUCCUAUGGGGCAACAUUUAAAUCCCCAAGUCUACAUGAUACAUAAUGCCAGAUGGGACAGUUUUUAAACACAAUAAUGUACAACAACGACUUUCUAACUUCCGCAUGAUGUGCCACAAAUUUUCACAAGAGAUCAUGACAACAUACUUUGUCACUGUAACACCUUCGUUGUGGCACUUCGAACAUCUAUUGGGAAGGUGAAACAUGUUAUCUACAUUGAACCUGCACUUGUGCUGAGCAACCUACGACCCACCUCACCCUGUUCCCACUGCGCUGUUAUCGCGCAUUUUUGUCGGCGGAUAUCGUCGUCUGUCAAUUUGUCGAACAUGUUAGAAUAUUCGAGCCGCUGCCAACAUGCUGUUGUGAUCCCAUCAUAAUACCAAAGCCCCUCGAAUCAUAAAUUUAUGUAUCAUAUAUAAGAUAUCAAGUAACUUACCGAAACACACAGAUUGUUUUAAAUGGCAGCACCGCCCAAAAUUCCAUUAGUGAGCUGACAUAGAACUACAACUAAUGUGUGAAGUUUUAUUUCUAAAAUACAUUAUAGCCAUACACCCAUGGGUUUUUCUUCAGAAAAAGUAAUUUUAUCCUGGAUAACUUGGAAUCAGAAAAAAAGCUCAUAUCUCAUUAACUUUUUUUUAUAUUGUUAGGAAAAAAACCAUUCAGUCAUUUUUAUAUAAUAGCACAGAGCCAUAAUGAAGCUGGUGUAUGGUUUCUCAAUUGAAACUACUGAAACCUUUUAGCAGUAAUCUGGGGAAAUAAACAUCGACCAGUUUUAGCAGGAUAAUUAUUUCUCCUUCCUCUCCCCCCCUCUCUCACUCACUCCUUCUCACUCUCUGUCCUCUUUAAGCUAGAGACUCUUCGAAGACCAUGGGCUCGCCCUUCUCCCUGCUAGAGACUCCUCGGAGACCGCGAGUACUUUUUUUCUCUCCACUAGCGACUCCCCGGAGACCGUGGACACCCUUCCCUUCCCUCAUCAAUUCCUACCCAAAUGAAAAAGUGCUCAGGUCGUCGGCACACCCGACAAUGACCUGCCCAGCCUGAAGAGAAGCCAGCAGUAUGACAGUUACUGGCAAACACAUUGGCACAUCAAUUUGGUGCACAAUGUGGGGUGAUUAUUUGUCUAGUUAGACUUCCAGACACAAAAACAUCGCCGGUGCACCAUCCCAUUUACCUGGUGGUGCUCAAACUUUCAGGAUGUCCAAACCAUUGCCUGUGCAUUUUGCCAAGCUAAUUUUCAUAUACUAUGCUUUAGACCCAUAGAACAAGUCAUUCAACAAAAGACUCUGAUCAAAUUCUGCACCCCCUGCCGAGAGAAACUUGUAGAUAAGUACCCAAACACCCCAGUGGUGUGACAUUUCUUUGCUCCAUACUGCCCUCGGACUGCCCUAGUCCUUGUCACUUGCCAGACAUGCCAUAGGGACUACCUCCUCUCCUGCCUCGGCUGAGAGGAUGUACCGCUCAACCUCACGGGGAUGUUAUUCGCAUCCUAUGUCGAGAACACCACUCCAUGUCCUUAAGUGACAGAUCUGCAAGUGUACUCCGACUCUUCUAAUGACGAGAUAAUGAGGAUCCUGUGCAAGUUGUUCGACAAUGUGAGCAGGCCUUGUGGGUGUAAGCAAUCAAACACACCGAAUGGUUAGACAUUGUAGGUCCAUUGCUAUUGGGAGAAGCAGCUAGAUGGUGGAAGACACCUGAAAGGCUCUAUGACAACUGGGAAGAGUUCACAGGAGGUUUUCUGUACUACUUUGGUAACCAAACAACGAUGGCAGAGCUCACUGACCAGUUAUUUGUCACUAAACAAAAGGUAGGAGAGGAUGUAUAAAAUGUCUUGCUACAGAGAAGGAAACUCUAUGAAAGGCUUCACCUAGGAAAAGAUUCCAACAAGUUUCUCCCUACCAUACUGGAGCUGGUGCGACGCGAACUUCGGCCAUUUCUGAGAAACCCACCUCCCGAUGAUCUAUCAGAACUCCUUAUGCGAGCCACUGCAGCACAGCGAGAUCGUUUCGAAACUCAGGACAAACCAGGCCCACCACAGCAGCUAAAGGGAAUACGAUCCCGAAUAGAAGCUAACCGAAGUGUUUUCUCUGCCCCGAACAACACUUCCACCAAGACUGCCCAGUGUUCCACUGUAAACAGGCUGAAAGGAGAAGCAUUAAUCAAGAUGGCUCCUGGAUAGAGAAAACGGUACCCACCAGUAAGACCCCCGGCACAAGGAAGGGGAAACCCCAAAGGUGUUAACACCUAUGCCACCAUGGAGACAACCACAGAGUAUCACAUCUCUCCGUCUAUGGUUCAACUGAAAUCAGGAACCGUACCAGCACCCAGGAAUAGGAACCUCCCGGAAAACACUUCGCCUAGAGCCAUGGACUCCAUACCCAAGACCACUUAAACAAUCCGCAAGAAGACUUUGCAGUGCAGUGGACAGUGAAGAGUGAUCAGACCUGGGACUGAAGCCCACCGUGCUGCCUCCAGGCAAGUGCGACUACACCAAAAGUCCCAACCGAGGCCAUAUGGAGAGGAGGGUGAAUUGUCAUUUCCACCAUUUUGACCUCUGCCAGUGCUUUCACACACUAGGGAAGGACCUAAGAAUAACUAAGUAUGCUCUACUGUAAUAUCUAGUAUUGCAACCUCUAUGGAUAAGUUAAUGCUUACAGUCACACAUAGAUGGUAGUUAAGAGAAUUAAUAAUAUCAUUAACUAAUAUGUUAUGUAAUCAAGGUGUUAUAUACAAUAAGAACUGUAAACCACUUUAUGUGCAUUAUGUAACAUGUAUUCUGCGCAAUAAUAUCUACUGACUUAUUGUGUUUGUACACAUGUAAUGUAAAGGCAGAACAGGGGCACUUUGAAUAUAUUUAAUUUAUGUUUAAAAAAGAAUGAUUUACACUGAAAAGUCGAAAAAUGUGAUUUUUCUCUAAUAUGAAAUAAAGAAUAAUGUUAAUUCUCAAGCCUCCAACUGCAACAUCAACACCGCUUUCACCGUGCUGCCCCUCAUCAGCAGCAUGGCACCAACAUCAGCCGAGCACCACCCCGCCAGCCAGCCAACGGACGCCACCGACAGAGCAGCAGAGCCCCAGGGACGGACGUCGGAGGAGCUCAAUCUUUGUACAUACUGUAAAUAAAUAACCAUUGUCACCACGAAGCCCUUGCGGCCAUGUAUUUUA